AAGAAGAUUCGUAAAGUCUGUUGUAUGAAUAUUUCAUAGAUUUUAACAAGCAUAAUGCUGAAAUUACGAAAUUUGGAACAUUCCCUAUUAAAUGAAAGUAUAAUAAAAGUUCUUUGCAAUAGUCGUAUCAUAACCAUUUUGGAUUUUCUAAAUGAAGAUGUAGAAAAGAUUUGUUCUACAACUAAGUUGACUGUAUCCCAAGUCUUGGAAAUACGGAAUUAUAUAUUUCAAAGAUAUUCAGCACCUGUGUUCAAUGGAUUAACAUUAUUAAAAAGACAUUGUAAUGGUAAUAAUUAUUUAAACACUGGAAUAGAGAGGUAAACAACUUAUAACAAAAUAAUAUUUAAAGUAAAUAUUUAUUACAAAAUCGCAUCUUAAAACACAAUGAUUAUUUAAACAAUGGAAUAGAGAGGUAAACAACUUAUAACAAAAUAUUUUAAGUAAAUAUUUAUUACAAAAUCGCUUACACUGUUCAAAAUGAAAAAAAUAAAUACCCCAAAAUGCAUCAGGCUACUGAGGUUAAACAACUUCUCAAAAUUAUAUGGAUUUCAUAACAAUAUUUACACAAUUCAGUUACUUCUUUUGCAGUUUAAAUACAAUGUUAAGUGGUGGAUUACCAAAAGGUCACAUUACUGAAUUAUGUGGACUUGCCAAUUCAGGAAAAACUCAGUUUUGUCAUCAAUUGGCUAUAAAUUGUGUAAAGGAAACUGAAAAUAUAGUUCUUUAUAUUGAUACCAAAGGAGAUUUUUCAUCAAUAAGAAUUCAACAAAUUUUAGAUUCACAUAAAAAAUCAUAUAAGGAAAUGGCUGAAAUAAUGUUUAGAAUAAAAACUGUUAGAAUUUGGAUAAUGGAAGAGCUCAUAGAAUUAUUACAGAACAUAAAAAGUGGUGCACUUGUCUUGAAUAAGUUAUCUUUGAUAAUAAUAGACUCACUACCCACUCUGAUGUUCCAACAUCUUGGUGAUGAAAGUAAAAUAGGUCUGGCCCUCUUGAAUAAAUUUGUGAAUUAUUGUAGAUUUUUAUGUCGUCACUUGCAAUUAUGUGUCGUUUGUGUCAACAUCCUGACCAGAUGGCUGGAUCAAGAUGUAGAAUUAGAAGAUGAAAGGAAUCAACAGCAGUAUUCAUCCAUAUUACAUGAAUCCAGUUAUGUAGAAAAACAAAACCGUUGUUUGGGUAAAUACUGGCAGCAAAUACCAUAUCAAGUAUUAUUUUUGGAGUUGAAACAAUUGCAAGACAAGAAAGAAUUUGAAAAUAUUGUGAAACAGCUAACUAUAAGUGUUUUAGGAACUAAUAACAAAGUAUCAAAACAGUGUCUUGUAACAUUAAGCACUACUGGUGUUAGUUGAGAUAAAUAUG